GUUUGUGAUCCAGUUCUCCUUCCACGAACUCCAGUUCUAUGAAUUGAGACAGCAGCGAACGCCGAAGGUGUGUCUCAAACAUUCUCUGAAAGACCGUAGACGGUGUGUUAUGUUUGUGGAGGGAUAGGCACACUCACACACACUCAGGCAGACAUACAGUGGAAGACUGUGCCACGGUGCUCCUCUCUGCUUUGCACCGCUAACACAUAAGAGCGUCAGUGUGCUGGUGUGUUGAACACGCCCCCCAUCUCCUGUUUGCGGAGAACGACUUUGCUCCGUCUGACUUGUUUUAAAUCCUCCUUUUAGCGUAGACCUGAAACAGCAAGCACAUUACCCAGCAGUUUCAGGAAACAGAUGAGUGGACUUUGUCUUUUAGACUCUUUAGAGGAAAGCAGGAAGUCAGUUCUGUUUGAGGAGUUUGUAGAAGUGAAAGUACACAGUCGCAGUGAUGGUAGUUUGAGCGAGGUCGUAACCUCAGAGAGGAGACGUACAGCUGCUCCUCCCACCACCAGCAGAGCAAGCGUUGGACACUGCCUGUGGUUGUACGUGAGGUUCCUGCUCAGGUUCGGUGUGGACGUUCUGCCUCUGUCGACUUCCUCUGCCAUGCUUCUCUGCAUGGGAAGUUCUACACCUGGGGCCACAACAAUGAGAUGACGAGGGAAGGAGGAAGUUCAGCUAAAACGUUUGAGAAGUUUCAGGAAAUAUGACGCAGAAGAGUGAAGAAUAUUUGUCUUUAGACAGCCAGGAUGUAGCAGACAUGAAGCUGGCUCUAAUGUCACCCGAGAGAUCAGACAAAGAGACCUCCACCAUGGUUUCGUCCACACCCCAACCCUCACGGUUAAAGUAUCUGUCCCUGGGGGUCCUGGUGCUGCAGACCACAUCACUGGUUCUCACCAUGCGCUAUUCCCGGACCCUGAAGGAGGACGGGCCCCGCUACCUGGCCUCCUCUGCUGUAGUGGCUGCUGAGUUCCUUAAAAUCAUUACAUGUAGCUUCCUCGUCUUCAUGGAAAACAAAUACAGUUUGAGUGCCAUGAACCUGCUGCUGAAGGAGGAGAUUGUGAAGAAGCCCAUGGAGACCAUGAAGCUGGCCGUGCCUGCAGGGAUCUACACGCUGCAGAACAAUCUACUCUAUGUUGCCCUGUCCAACCUGGAUGCAGCCACCUAUCAGGUCACCUACCAGCUGAAGAUUCUCACCACGGCUCUGUUCUCCGUCUUCAUGCUGGGGAAGAGGCUGGGUCUGUACCAGUGGCUCUCCUUACUGAUCCUCAUGUCCGGAGUCACGCUGGUGCAGUGGCCCACCGACUCUACAGGAGAGCAGAAGGUUCUGACUGCGGGCUCCCAGGUGGUUGGAGUGGUGGCGGUGCUGAUGGCCUGCAUGUCCAGCGGUUUUGCUGGAGUUUACUUCGAGAAGAUCCUAAAGGAGACCAAGCAGAGUGUAUGGGUCCGCAACAUACAGCUGGGUUUCUUUAGCUUCCUGUUGGGCUUUUUAGGAAUGAUGAUGUACGACGGCGGGCGCGUGAGACAGUCCGGGAUGUUUCAGGGCUACAGCGCCAUCACCUGGACGGUUGUUGUCCUGCAGGCUGUGGGCGGACUGGUCGUCGCCGUGGUGAUUAAGUACGCGGACAACAUCCUCAAAGGAUUCGCCACCUCCGUGUCCAUCAUCGUGUCCACACUCAUCUCGUACUUCCUCCUGAACGACUUCCAUCCCACGGGGGUGUUUUUCCUGGGAGCGACGCUGGUGAUUGCUGCCACGUUUCUUUAUGGCUACCAGGGCAAGCCCGCCAACGGCGCUGUCAAAGGGUAGUCAGGGAGCUCCAGCGAGCUGAUGGAUGGGAUGGGAUGGCAGACCUCCACCCCUCCACACCUCCCUCUGCCUCCUGCAUCAAUGGAUUGUGAACUGUAACCACCGCUCUGGUGCUCCCAUGCUUAAGAUGCAGGAAGAGUAGGGCCAGCGGAUCCGGUUAUCGUGGAGCAGCUUCAGCUGAAAUCAUGGAGGCUCAAAUUUUGUUGCAGAAAAUACAGGGUGGUUCACACUGUGACGCUGUGAAAACGAAGAGAGCAGUUCAGUCUGCAGUUACAAGAACUUGGGAUGCUUUUGUUUCAUACAUUUGUUAACUUUAGUGACUCGGGAAUGGGAACGGGAAAGAGCGUCUUCCUAAAUGAGAGCAUCAUAUCUGACAGUAUCUGAGUCAGAUGGGGAGAGCGCAAGCUCCCCCUAGUGGCGGGAUGAGGAGGAGGAACCUUGCUGCAAAGAGGAGGGGUUUACCUCCACCAAGUGAUGCUGGAUGUUCUGGGGUUUUUUUUAUACCAGAUGAGAUAAAUGCAAUGAAAGCAACAUGACUGCCCUGACAUUGCUACUCACCGUCUUGGUAUUUAUUUGAAAAAGAUUUUCUUCUGUCGUUCCAUAAAUGCAAAAUAAAGUCUUUUAUAGAUGAAUGAAUUAAAAUAUGCUU